CCGGAGGAUCUCUCGCGAGGAAGGACGCCAUUAUCGCAGCCGCCCGACCAAACACCACGAGAAUUCGGCAAGGCAAACGAGGUGGCGGCCACCCUCCCUGUGUGUCCUUGUCUACAGACAGAAUAACCAAGAGGACUUCCUGAACCGGCCGGGGAAUCUCAGUGAAGCAGCUGUCGGAGCAGCAGCCCCAGUCAUCCUGCUUUAGAUUUGAAUGCAUUGACGGCUCCUUGCUGCCGCCUGAUUCUGAAUGAUGACAGAACAUGACUUAGCUGAUGUGGUUCAGAUUGCUGUGGAGGACUUGAACCCGGAUCACCCAGUUGUGUUGGAAAAUCACGAAGUAGCGGACGAGGAUGUAGACCCGCCUUUAAAGCGUCCCCGGAUAGAGAUCAAUUGCCAGGACCCCUCAAUUAAGUCGUUCCUGUAUUCCAUUAACCAAACAAUAUGCCUGCGCCUGGAUAGCAUCGAAGCGAAGCUGCUGGCCCUGGAAGCCACCUGCAAGUCCCUGGAAGAGAAGCUGGACCUUGUCAUGAAUAAGCAGCACAGCCCUAUCCAGGUCCCCAUGGUGGCUGGCUCCCCGCUGGGCGCUACACAGACGUGCAACAAAGUGAGAUGUGUCGUCCCUCAGACCACGGUAAUACUUAACAACGAUCGUCAGAACUCCAUCGUAGCCAAGAUGGUGGGGCAGGAGGAGCCACUGAGCAGAGGAGCAGAUUCACUGGAAAAUAUCCUUAGCAAUGCCAUUCCUGGACGUAGACAGAACACCAUCGUAGUGAAGGUCCCAGGGCACGAUGACAGUCACAAUGAAGAUGGGGAGAGUGGCUCUGAAGCCAGCGACUCAGUCUCCAACAGUGGCCAAUUAGGAAACCAGAGUAUUGGAAACAACGUUACCCUUAUUACCCUGAACUCUGAAGAGGAUUAUCCUACUGGAACUUGGCUGGGAGAUGAAAACAAUCCUGAGAUGCGGGUGCGCUGCCCCAUCACGGCUGCAGACAUGCUACACAUCAGCACCAACUGCCGCACAGCCGAGAAGAUGGCGCUGACGUUACUAGAUUACCUCUUCCACCGAGAAAUCCAAGCCAUCUCCAACCUCUCUGGGCAAGGAAAGCAUGGGAAGAAACAGCUAGAUCCUCUCAUGAUUUACGGCAUUCGCUGUCACCUUUUUUAUAAGUUUGGAAUUACAGAAUCUGACUGGUACAGGAUCAAGCAGAGCAUAGACUCCAAAUGCCGAACAGCUUGGCGGAGAAAACAGCGGGGCCAGAGUCUUGCAGUCAAAAGCUUUUCAAGGCGCACACCUUCCUCAUCGUCUUAUAGUGGCUCAGAGAGCGCUCAGAGUACAGCGUCUGCCCCAAAUGAAAUCCAAGCAAGCCAGCCACAAGCCCUGCACUACGCCCUGGCCAAUGCCCAGCAAGUCCAGAUUCAUCAGAUAGGAGAGGAUGGACAGGUCCAAGUAGGUCACCUCCAUAUAGCCCAGGUGCCACAAGGAGAGCAGGUGCAGAUCACGCAAGACAGCGAGGGUAACUUGCAGAUACAUCAGGUUCAUGUUGGACAAGAUGGGCAGGUGCUACAGGGUGCUCAGCUGAUCGCUCUUGCCUCCUCGGAUGCCUCAGCUGGUGGCGUUGAUGGAUCGCCGCUCCAAGGGAGUGAUAUCCAAGUCCAAUAUGUCCAGCUGGCGCCUGUGACAGACCACUCAGCUGCGAAUCAAAGUGCAGAUUCUCUUCAGUCCGCUAUCCAGCCAGAAAUGCAAAUAGACCACGGAGCCAUUCAGAUCCAGUGAGUGAGAUCCAGUGGGAGAGCAGCAACCUCCAGCGCCGGCCAUCUCAGGCAGCAGCUCCAGAUUCCAGCUGAAGAGCAUGUCCCUGGCCUUUCAGCCUGAGGGGAACGGUCUUACUGGUGUUUCCUGUACAUACAAGUUUGGCCCCGCUCUGUUGAUCUGAUCGUCUUGGUCUACGCAUAGGUCCGCUGAUGAAGGCGCUCCCCAGAGCCCGGCAAACAGCUGCAAGGAGCUGCCAUAUUUACACUCCGGGAGAAAAAGACUCCAAAUAUAUGAGGUUUAGCCAUACUCUCUCUUUUUUUUUGUUUUAAGCAAAUAAUCUUGCAGGAGGCAAAACCUGGUUCAAUUAAUUAAUCAAGAGAUUACAAGCGAAUUAAUGUACCAUUCUUUCAUUUGUUUUGUGACUCAUACUCCUGAAAGUGUGUCGAUACCUUAUUGGACACAUGGCUGUCUUGUGGUGCGUACCCCUUACCACACCAAAAGAAUCAAGAGUGCAAAUAUAUUUUGCUGUUCAGAGAUUUUUUUUUUGGUAUGAUCUUUAUAACAAAAAAAGAGGUAUUUAAGAAAGAAGGAAAACGGAGGGAAGGUCCAUUAUUACAAACAUUAGCUAUUUUGCUGGUGGUUUUUCUGUUUCAGUAUAAUCGACAAGUAUUUGCAAAAAACAAAACAAAAAAGAUCAAAAAACCCUUCCUGGAAAAGCCUAACCCUUUAUUUGUUUGUACUGUUGCUUAACUAGUUUUCUAAGGGGAAAGCUACUAUCCAGCAGUGUAAUUAUGCAUUUCUAAGGAAAUAAAUGUGUAUUUAUGAACAACA